AUGCUUUUCUCGUACACAUUCAGAAACUUGUUCUUCUUCUGCUAUCUCUUGCUGUCAUCAACGACUGUGCCACAAUACCAGAGUCGUAGGGAAGAUGAUGGCUACGUAAACUGCCACUACACCUACAAUUGUGGGAACUUUGAUAUACCCUACCCUUUCUGGGGAGAAAACCGACCCGGUUACUGUGGAAGGGAUGGUUUCAAGGUCAAGUGCCUGCCCUCUAACUUACCUUCCAUUCAAAUCGGCUCCCAAAACUUCACCUUGACGGGUAUCAAUCAAGAUCGUUGGAUUGUAAAAAUGGUCCGAACAGACAUUCCCAGCUACGAUAAUUGUUCUUUCCAUUUCACCAACACUUCAUUGGACCCCUCUCUGUUCUCCUUCGACACAUCUGUCGUGAACAUGACCCUGUUCUAUGACUGUGAUCCCGGGAUUUCCAUCGGCCAAAACAACAUCACGUGCAUGGAUGAUAGUAAAAAACAGGCUUUCUUCGUGAUGAAUCAAGAUCAUCAGUCAGGACGAUUAUUCACGGAGAUUUCUCAGCACUGUGGAAUUCAACUUGUGGCGAUUACAAUGGGCGUCACUGUGGACCCUUUUGGUGGAAUUGAAUCGCUGAGGGCUGCUUUGGAUAUGGGAUUUGAUGUGCAGUAUCUCGCAAACUGGAGUUACUGCUCACUAUGCAUGCAAUCUGGAGGAAUUUGUGGAAGCGUCCGUGACAAUGGAUCUCUAUUUUCUUGUCAUUGCCGAGACGGAUCUUAUGACUUUGUGUGUCCUAAUCUUGCAAGUAUGGCUUCUCUCUCUGUUCCUUCUAUCUGCAGGCAUUUCAGUUUCUCUGCAUUAUGCAUAUCAGUGUUUUGUUCUUGUCACGCUUUCUUUAUUCGUUGCAUCGUAUCUCACAUCAUAGAUAACUUCUAUGCUCUUCGGUUUGUCUGGUAG